GGUAACUAUGAUGCUGCUUCCGGUAGCUGUUUGUACAGAACAAGCUCAGCUGCUGCCUGACGUUUUAUGUCUCAGUGUUACACAAUAUCACUGACCAUGAACAAGAUGAAGAAGAAGCUGCCUGAGCGGAUCCUGAAUCACAUCCUGGAGAUUCUCUACCUGCUGACGGGAGAGCGUGUGACUAACUCACUGACGGCGGGUCACAUGACCGGGGGACACAAUGACGACAGAGAGAAUACUGACCCCACACCCUGCAGAUCAUUUACCUGCUGACAGGGGAGGUGCCUAUAAAGUGUGAUGAUGUUGCCGUGUAUUUCUCUAUGGAGGAGUGGGAUUAUAUAGAGGGACACAAGGAGCUUUACAACGACGUCAUGAUGGAGACUCACCAAGUACUAAGGACUAUGGAGAUCCCAGGAAAUGAGAGCUCAGAUGAAAAUGAUGCUAAGAUUUUAUGUAAUACAGGACAAAGAGAAGACCAGUGGCUGAUAAAUCUGCCAGAGAAGGAAAUAUUUUGCAGUAUUAAUACAGACGCAGAUAACGCUGAUAUAGUGAACAUUAAUAUAACAGAAGAUCUGUGUGUGAGGCGUCAGCUGGAAGCCUUAGAUGAGAAAACCAAUGACCGUAUCAGCCCAGGUGAAUUCACAAACUGCAAUAAUCCUCGUUGUGGUCUGAGUACUGAUGCUUCUUUCAGCUUUUUUCAAAAUCAAAGAAACCACAUGAAAAAUGUAUGUUCUGAAUGUGGGAAAUGUUUUACCUGGAAAUCACAACUUAUUACUCAUCAAAAAAUUCAUACAGGAGAGAGAGAAUUUUCAUGUUCUGAGUGUGGGAAAUGUUUUAUCCAGAAAUCAUCUCUUAAUAAUCAUCUAAAAAUUCAUACAAGAGAGAGAGGAUUUUUUUGCUCUGAAUGUGGAAAACAUUUUAUCAAGAAAUCAGAUCUUAUUGACCAUCGGAAAAUUCAUACAGGCGUGAAAGCAUUUUCAUGUUCUAUCUGUGGACGAUCUUUUACUCUAAAAUCAAAUCUUAUUAUGCAUCAAAAAAUUCAUACAGGGGAGAAAGGGUUUUCGUGUUCUGAGUGUGGGAAAUGUUUUACUCAGCAAUCAACUCUAAAUAAUCAUCAGAAAAUUCAUACAGGAGAGAAACCAUUUUCAUGUUCUAACUGUGGGAAAUGUUUUACUAUAAAAUCAAAUCUUAUUAUGCAUCAGAAGAUUCAUACAGGGGAGAAAGGCUUUUCAUGUUCUGAAUGUGGGAAAUGUUUUACUCAGAAAUCAACUCUUAAUAAGCAUCUGAAAAGUCAUAUAGGAGAGAAAGCAUUUUCAUGUUUUGACUGUGGAAAAUGUUUUGCACAAAAAUCAGGUCUUAUUAGGCAUCAGAAAAUUCAUACAGGGGAGAAAGGAUUUACGUGUUCUGACUGUGGGAAACGUUUUACUCAGAAAUCAACUCUUAUUGGCCAUCUGAAAAUUCAUACGGGGGAGAAAGCAUUUGUAUGCUCUGAAUGUGGGAAAUGUUUUACACAGAAAUCAAAUCUUAUGACCCAUCAGAAAAGUCAUAUUAAGGGAAACUUAACAUUGUAAGUGCAAAAGGUGACAUGUAGUCCUUAUCUGCACAAUAUGUCAAUAAAAAAUAACUAUGUUAAAUAAAAAAAACUGAAUUAUUUUCCAUUUUUUGCUUCUUUUAGAAAGGUUACCUUAUACUAUUAUAGAUCCAUAAAAGUUUUGACUACAGAGUUGACAAAUAAAUGCACACUGUAUUGUUUACAACUUUAUUAAAAUUGUAAUAAAACAAUAAAAUGCAUUUUACCCUCA